UAUGCUUGCUUGUUUGAGGUGUUCAAAGGUGUAUUGUGAACCAGAAAAAAAAUCUUGAUUUUUAUCAGUUUUGUGUGUAAAAUUUUUGUGAAAAGUUGAUAUAUUUUUUUUAUUUUAUUUUCUUAUUUUAUUCCUUUUUAAUUAAUUUGAGUUACAAUGGAUUCUCAGAACAAUGACUUUCUUGCUGGUAAGUGAAUUUUUGAUUCUAUUUUUAUCAUUAAAUUGGUGUAUUUUUUUUCAAAAAAUUGUAGGGGGGAAUAAAUUUUGAUUAUAAUUUUAAGGGUUUUCGUGUUAAAUAAAUAAUUAUGGAAUUUCUCAAUUUUUAGGUUUGAAUGAAAUAGAUUUUGAAAGUGAGGAAUUUCAGCCUGUAGACUUCAUCCAGGAGAUGACAAAUGCUGAACAACCAAAUGAGACAAGUUUAAAUGCUAUGAUCCUCGAAUUGGAAAUGCCAAAAAAUUCCACCGUGGAGCCCCAGAUGGAGCCGCAGAUGGAGCCCCAGGCGGGACCAUCUAGCAUAAAUUUAGUACCAGAGCCUCAGAUUGCUGAACCACAGGCAACUGGACAUCAUUUUGUUGAGGUUCCUAGGUCAAAUAGAACUGUUGAUCAAUUCAGAUUUCCACUACGACAUUCAUACUUGAAAGCUGAUGGUGUUACGAAGGGAUUCUUAACACAUAAUGACCCUAGGGCCAUGUGUGUUGAUUACGAAUUGGGCUUUAACAGCCCAUGUAUGUCUACACGGUGCUGGUUUUAUAAUAGCCACUUUUGGUCUAUUCAUAAGGACUUAAUGGAAACAAUAAAAGUUCGGUUCGAAGGAGGUAUGGUGAAUAUUAAUGUAAUUCAGGUCCAUCCGCAGUUUAAGAUAUUAUUUCCCUUUACUUAUCAAAACUAUGUGGAUCUCAAAAGAAAUAUCAUUAGAUUUGGGCCAUCCUAUGAUGAAUGUUACUUAUGGUUACCUACGAGAUCACUGGAAACGUCACCAUUGAGGCACCGUUCAAACGUUUAAGUUGAUAUCAAGCAAGUCCGAAGAAAGAGUGAGAAAAAAAAAUUGUAAAAAGUAAUUUUAAUUAACCUGUAAAAAAAAAGAAAAAUAUUAAUUUUUGUACAGUUAUUAGAUAUGUAUGUAUUUAAACUAAUUGUUUUUUUUUUGUUUUUUAUACGUAUUUUUAUAGAAUAAAUUAUACAAUAAGAAAAA